UAUCUCUUCCUCUCCCUUCCGCUCUGAAGUCAGAACAUAUAUAUUUUAAAAAGUAACAAAAAUAUAAGCCAACUUCCCGGAGAAAUGUCACAGCAGAGCUGCCUCUUUUGUUUGAAAGGCCCGUGAGACCCUCUCACUCUGGGCAAGGCAGCAGGCGGCCCGGGCAGAGCGGAGACCCGCUCCCAGGCUGGACGGCAGCCAGGACUCUGGGUGCCCAGGCACUGCCCCGUGAGUCAGCACAGCACCCCCUCCCCCGACAGGAUCCACACUUGGAUCUGGACGGGCUCCUGUCCCAGCCCCGCGCCCGGGGGGCUGCCUCUUCCUCGGGCCCCUCUCCUUGAUAAUGAGGAAUGCCCGCAAAGCCACGACUCCAAGAUCCACAGACAAGCCGCCACCCUCCCAGGAGCCCCCAAGUGGGAAUCCUAUCCUUCCAGAUAAGGUAGAGGGGAGUCCCCCACCCCUGAACCACUUCAGUGUGAGCUGUCGUGUGUAAUCCGACCACUGGAACUACACUUGCGCCCCACGAAUGCUGUGGGCAGCAGAGCAGGUGCACCCAUCCGUCCGAGCUAAGAUUACCAACCUCUCGGGACCCCACCCGGCAUGCCUAUGGCCUCAGCACCCAGGGCCGAGAAGAAACACCUGGGAUGACGCCACCGACACCCUCAGGUGUGAGCUGGGCUCCAGCUGGUCUUUGGGAAUCACGUUUAAGGGAUGAAGUGCACGUAAAGGAGGCACACAGACAAGCAGCAGCCUCGGACCCGGGUCGAAGCUCCCGAUUAGCACACGAAAUGGAAGGAGCACAGGACAAGCCGGGACCCACAGGCUGGCCCCGUGUCUGCCCAGCCCUGCCCAGGGCCGGUGGCAGGCCUCUCGGGGCUGGGGGCCCUGCCCUUCACCUGAAACACCAAAACAACACCCCGACCAGCAAUCCUAGCCGACAGAGCUCAGCACCAAACAGCGUCCUCUCAGGGGAAGAGCCGAGUGCUGGCCCCGAGCUGCGGCCGGAGCAGAGCGCUCAGGAGCCUGCAGAGGUGACAGGGGGCUUUCCCCGCUGCUUUGACAUAAACGACACACCGUGUCAUGUGACGCAGGGACGCUGUCAGCUGCACUGUGGUUUACCCAGGGGACACGAGCUGCCUGCUGGUCUAAACGCCACCCCCGUGUGGCUGUGGAGACGCUGGAGGAAGAGUCCUCGCCCACGCCAAGGCCAGGAGGGGCUGUGGACACAGGACAAAACGGAAUGCAGGCCGAACCUCCUGUUUCAUACCAGUGUGAUGGCAGCGUGGUCACUCCAUGCCGAUGAUCAAGGCAGAGGAGUUGGUGUUUCAAAGGCACAAACUUAUAGCCAAAACCUUGCCAAUCCUGGGACCACAGAAGGGUGGCUUGAGCGGCUAACAAGCGCCCCGAGCAGGAGCGCAGAGGAGACUGCGCCGCUGGGCAUGGGGCGCUCCGGUGACCCCCGGGUCCUCCGCUCCAAGGCCCAGGCUGCACAGCUCAUGACGCUCAGAGGAGCUGGCAGGUGGGGAGUGAGCUUCGGGUGCAACCUGGCAGCCAAGCUCCUCAGACACGUGGGCACAGCAAUGCCAACACGCAGGCAGGUGACCAGCCCUGACCUAGCGCCCAGAUCCUCUCUUCACUGCGGACGCACCUUCAGCCCGCUCUGCGCCCCCACGAAUGUGACAGGACAGUGCGACAGACCCUCAAAGGCCCCACCUGAACUCGCACCAGCACCAGGCACCUCUGACAGGAAGCCCCGAGUCCCGGCUCUCACAGGCACAGCCUGUCAGAACCACUGCCUCUGGCUGCAGAACCCGACUUCCCAGAAGGCCACCCGCUGCCUGCGUGUCUGCCUCCGGUUCCCAGCUUCCUCCCCCUGCUGCGCCCCGCUCAUCAUAGUGGUGAGUGCCCCCCAGGGGAGCCCAGGACGGAGCACAGCGACGAUGACCCACGCCCUGCAAGUGGCCUGGGCGUGCUGCUGCUGCUGAGACCAACAGCUGGACCUGCCGCUGAGCUAGAACCGCAGAAACCUCAACACACGCGCUACACCCACACCACACGGCAGUCGCUUUUCAGGUCACGUGCCAUGUGGUGACAGUGCCCAGAACACAGGACGUGAGGGGACAGGACGGACACCAGGAGGAAACAACAGGAGCCGAGCGCCCGCUGCCGGUGAGCCGCGCCCCAGGGCAAAGAACACACCUGGGGCUCGGCACGGCAGUGUCAGGGGUCACCACCACCCAGUUCUGUUAGCUCACAGACACCCCCCAACUCCUGUCCCCCAAGUGUGAAGCACUCAAGGCCAGGCCCCCGGUCUGCGCCUCUCCAGCUGGCACUCAGGUGCGCACAGGGGUGUUGAAUAGUUACCGUGACGGACAGGCCACCGUGAAACGAUGAACGCUUCGGUGAGCGCAUUUAGCCUGCCCCCCCCCCACCCUCGUUCCCCAGCAGGAACUCCCGCGUGAGCAUGCGUGCACAGGGACACGUGGUGGUGGUACAGACGGGUGACAAGACCAGGCUUUGCACGCACAGCGUCGGGCACAAUGCACUUGGGGAAAGACGGGGACACGCACACACGGUGAGCGAGAGGCGCGCUACGAAGGCCCGGUGGCGUGAGGAGCGAGUCCUGGGGAGGCCGCGCUGCGGUUAGUGCGCGUCACGUGGCAAAGCACCUGGGUUUCAGCCAAUCAAGAGCAGGAGUACAACUCCGGACUCACCAGUACAAUGAAUGGGGCUGUUCACUCAUUUUUGCCAUUUUUUAUAAAAAGCUUCCUAGUUUAUUUUAAAUUAUGAGAAAUCUAGACUUAAUUUCUAAGCAUUCUCAGCCCAAGUACAAUUGUAAAUUAUACUUACAUUUUCAUGCCUCUAUUUAAAAUAUAAGAACGCCCCCACCCCCGCCCUCAAAGUGCCAUCUUUGCAUCCUUUCCAAAAACAAGCACACGAGUGCACCUGUGUGUCAGUGACAUCAUCACCAGAACGAGACCAGGCGAGGGACACAGCCCGAGCGAGCGGGGGAAGCAGGCACUGCCACUCGCACACCCGCCGUUCCAGGCACUGAGCAGUCCCGCUCCAGUGUUCCUGACUCCCCGCCACCGUUCUAAUUGGAGGAACGCGUCAGGUGCCUCGGAGUGGGCAGUUCCAGAGCA